AUGGCACUUUGCAAAGAGGCAAAGCUUGUCUGCGAUGCAGGUCGGUCAAUUCUUCCCGGUCUUUCUUUAGUUGUGGCGCUAAAAUGGGACAUAAUAUCCCACAGGAAACGCAAAAUGCGAUGCGAUGGCGCAAAACCCGCUUGUCAACAAUGUGCGCGUGCUAAGAAAGGCGAAGCCUGCGAAUACGAUGAUGGCAAAGGCAAGACGCGAACACAAAUUCUUCGCGAGACCAUUGUGCGGCUUGAGCAGAGAGUUCGAGAACUGGAGGAUCCUGACUAUGUUUCACCGGCUGUGACUCUAUUCGACCCUCAUACCUUCGACCCCCAAGCGUUGAGGAGUCUAUCAGAAUCCCCACCCUCUUCGUCGUAUGAUUCAGCAGAUGCCUCGUUCUCAGCAGGGCACUCUCCAUUUCCCUCAGACUCUGCUCAUUCACCUGAAGGUUCUUGGAGUCAAGCCGUCUCAGCUUCGCCGCCAUUGUUUGGGGCCGACAUGUUUUUCCAAGAGCCUCAAUCGCAAAUCAACCCUCCCCUUGAUUUAGCCCUCAUGCUCUUGGAAAUCUUCACCCCCCACCGCCACCAAUGCGGCCUCCAGGUUCACAUGGGUCAGCUCAAGGACAGCCUCAAUCGCUCCCUUGCAGAGCAGCGCCAUCCAGUGCUUAUGAAUGCGAUCUAUCUUUGGGCCUGCUUCAUCUCCCGACCGGGGCCGCUGUCCCAACACGAAGAUCACUACCUUUCGAUGGCACUCGAUGCGUUGCAGGAGGCCUUGCGCGACGGGGACAAGACUCUUGACAUUGUUCAGGCUGAAUGUCUGUUGUCGACCUAUUUCCUUUCAAACGGACGGGUAUUAGAGGGAAGCUACCAUGCCAGUGCAGCCGCAGCGUUGGCAGUUCAGUGUGGGCUUCAGGAACAGUUGCAGGAGGAGAGGAGCGUUGGUGGCUGGUUGUCUGACAAUGACGACAUGAAGCCGCUCAAGAUGGACCUGCGACGUGGGGAAAGGGUGUUGGCGUUUUGGCAGGUUUAUAACCUCGACCGUUGUUGGUCGGUUGUCCUGCGCAAGUCGACGAUCAUCCCAGAUGGACCUCAAGCGUGGAAUGCUAUUCACGCGCCAUGGCCGCUCGAUAUGACGGACUACCAAACAGGUGCUCUUGUUUCUGGCGCCAACUUUCAAACAAUCAAGUCGUUUGUGGAAGGUGACGUUGCCUCCAACGGUUACUCAAACCAAGCGAUGCGCGCCAAGGCUUCUGCUCUGUUUGAACGAGCCAGCUCGUUGUCUAUUAGCUGGGAUUCUCGUAUCAAACCAUCAGACCCCCUCCGUCAAGAAAUCCAUUCGCUCGAGCUCACCAUUGGUGCAUUCCUCAGUACUCUACCACCAUUACACACACUCGACACUGUUGGGCCAGAGGACAAGCCAGUUUUGAUCACCGCUCACACUCUUGUGCAUACUGCGCUGAUUCACCUCUACCAACGCUUCGUGCCCGACGAUCGAGUCUCUUACGACAAGUGCGCGCGAGCCGCCAGGGCUUGUGGCACCAUCAUCACGCAUAUCAACGACGCCGACUUCGCGUUUCUGGAUCCCAUCCUUGCUCCUUGCUGGACUGCUGUCGCCGAGGCCCUUCUUCGGGAACUCGCAACCAUCAAUUCGGCGUGGCCCAUGAACGGCGCUGACGCCGAUGUCCGCAAUGAACUGGGGACGGUUAUGUAUGCGCUCACCAGCCUUGCUUCAAAGCUGCCCAUCGCAAGCAUCUCUGUCGCCAAGCUUCAGAAACGGCUGGCUGAGUUAUAA